AUGCGUGCGCAGGCGCCAUACGGCAGCAGUCGUCGGGAAAUGGUCUCUGACGUCGUCGAGAUCGUCCAAUCGCAGAGCUUGGCCGGCAGCAGCAAGGCUGUCGCUGUCAGAUCGAUCAGUGUGGCAGUGCCACAAAGAGGCGUUGUCGUGCGCAAGAGAACAAAGAGAGCGGUCAAAAGCAGAGCGAGCUGCUGGCCGUACCGUGGUCGCCAGCUGUUGUCAAUCGUCGUCCGUGGUUGA